AUGGCAUGGGAGCGUGGCUCAGUAGAUAACAGUCUUGAUGAUAUUUUCAAUAAAAUUAAUCCUUAUUAUGACUUUAUUGAUUGUAAACUGCUACUGGACAUGAGUAAAAAGUUCCUACCAGACGAAACAUUUAUUGAUGGUGGAGUAACUUAUAAAAUAGUUGAUGAAUUAUACAGUCAUUUGCUAAAAAGUGAGAAGCUUCGUACAUCAAGUCCAGUUUCUGUCUUUAGAGAGAUUCUUUUUAACAAGUUUUAUACUAUUGACAGAAAUUUAGAUAAUCUACCCUAUAUUCAUAUGAAACUGCAAACUUGCUGGGAUGACAUAAGCAUUAAAGGAUUAUACAAACUUAUUGAAAAGCUGCUGCCUCAAGAAUUCAGACAAUCAAUUUUGAAACAUAUUACAAUAUUUAGUGGAUCAGUUGUUAUCAAGUUACAUAUUCUUGACUUUAAAGUCUGUAGUCUAAUAAUAUUUCCUAGGGAAAACUCAAUACAGUUUAUGCGUCUCAUCGCUAAUGCUGAUCCUAACAUGGCCAACUUAAAUGGAUCAAAUGCUUUAAUAAUUGCCAGUAGUCUUGGUAACAGUGAAGUUGUUGAGCUAUUGAUUAGUAAAAAAGUUGAUUAUAGAUAUCAACGAAAAGAUGGAUUAAAUGCAUUUAUGAUGGCUUGUUAUACCAGUCAAAUUCAAAUAGUUGAAUUGUUGCUUAACAAACAAGUUGAUCCUAAUGUUCAAAUGGCAAAUGGAUUUAAUGCUUUAAUGUUGGCUUGUCAAAAUGGUCAUACUCAAAUUGUUAAACUUUUACUGAAUAAACAAGUUAAUCCUAACGUUCAAGCACCUGAAGGAAAUGCAUUUAUAUUGGCUUGUCAAAAUGGUCAUACUCAAAUUGUUGAAUUGUUGCUGAAUAAACAAGUUGAUCCUAAUGUUCAAAUCAAGAAUGGUUGGAAUGCUUUCAUAAUGGCUUGUCAGAAUGGCCAUACUCAAAUAGUGAAAAUGUUACUAAAGAAACAAGUUAAUCCUAAUGUUCAAGCAGAUAAUGGAAUAAAUGCACUUAUGUUGGCUUGCCAAAACGUGGAACUGUUGCUGAAAGAACAAGUUGAUUCUAAUGUUCAAGACUAUUCUGGAGUAAAUGCUUUUAUGUUGGCUUGUCAAAAUGGAAAUGCUUACUUGGUUGAACUUUUGCUGAAGAAGCAAGUUGAUCCUUUAGUUCAAAGCAAUAGUGGUAGUAAUGCUUUUAUAGUGGCUUGUGAAAAUGGUCAUACUCAAAUAGUUGAACUUUUGCUGAAGGAAAAAGUUGAUCCUCAUGUUCAAGAUAAUAAUGGAGGGAAUGCUUUUAUGUUAGCUUGUCAAAAUGGCCACUUUCCAGUGGUUGAAUUGUUGCUUAAGAAACAAGUUGAUCCAAGUGUUUUAGAUAUUAACGGUGGAAAUGCUUUCAUAUUUGCUUGUGCAAAUGGACACACUCAAAUAGUUGAACUGUUGCUGAAGGAACAAAUUGAUCCUGAUGUUCAAAUGAAAAAUGGAUGGAAUGCUUUUAUGUUUGAACAAAUUGAUCCUAAUGUUUUAAACCAUAACGGUGAAAAUGCUUUUAUAUUGGCUUGUAAAAAUGGUAACACUCAUAUAGUCGAACUGUUGCUAAAGGAACAAGUUGAUCUUAAUGUUCAUAAUAAUGAUGGUUUAAAUGCUUUUAUGUUGGCUUGUCAAAAUGGGCAAACUCAAACAGUUGAAUUGCUGUUGAAACAAAAAAUUAAAUUUAAUGUUACAAAUAAUGAUGGAGUAAAUGCUUUUAUGCUGGCAUGUCAAAAUGGUCAUGCUAGAAUAGUUGAAUUGCUGCUGAGGGAAAAAAUUGAUCCAAACAUUCAAAGGAAAGAUGGAGUGAAUGCUUUUAUGUUGGCUUGUGCAAAAGGUGACACUGAAAUAGUUGAGUUGCUGAUAGGAAAAGUUAAUCUCAAUGUUAGAAAUAAUAAUGGAGUAAAUGCUUUUAUGUUGGCUUGUCAAAAUGGCCACACUCAAAUAGUUGAAUUGCUGCUGAAGGAAGAAGUUGAUCUUAAUGUUCAAAAUAAUGAUGGUUUGAAUGCAUUCUUUUUGGCUUGUUACCAUGGCCAAACUCGAAUAGUCGAAUUGCUGCUAAAACAAAAAAUUGAUCUUCAUGUUACAAAUAAUGAUGGAGUUAAUGCUUUUAUGGUGGCAUGUCAAAAUGGUCACAUUAAAAUAGUUGAAUUGCUGCUGAAAGAAAAUAUCAAUCCUAGUAUACGAAGAAAAGAUGGAGGGAAUGCUUUUAUUUUGGCUUGUGGAAAAGGUCACACUCAAGUAGUUGAAAUUUUGCUGAAAAAACAAGUCAAUCCUAAUGUUCAAACAAUUAAUGGAGCAAAUGCUUUUAUGCUGGCUUGUUCAAGUGGUCACAUUAAAAUAGUUGAGUUGUUGAUAGGAAAAGUUAAUCUUAAUGUUAGAAAUAAUGAUGGAGUGAAUGCUUUUAUGUUGGCUUGUCAAAAUGGCCACACUGAAAUUGUUCAACUUUUGCUGAAGGAACGAAUUGAUCCUAAUGUUCAAAUUAAUAAUGGCACGAAUGCUUUUAUUUUGGCUUGUCAAAAUGGCCACACUCAAAUAGUCAAAUUGUUGCUAAAGGAAAAAAUUGAUCAUAAGGUUACAAAUAAUGAUGGAGUGAAUGCUUUUAUGGCAGCCUGUGAAAAAGGCCACACUAAAAUAGUUGAACUGCUGUUGAUAGAUAAAGUUGAUCCUAAUGGGAAAAAUAAAGAUGGAGUGAAUGCUUUAAUGGUGGCUUGUCAAAAUGGCCACACUGAAAUAGUUAAAAUGCUACUGAAGGAAAAAGUUGAUCUUAAUGUUCAAAGUAAAGAUGGUUUUAAUGCUUUCAUGUUGGCUUGUCAAAAUGGUCACACUGAAAUAGUUAAGAUGUUACUGAAGGAAGAAGUUGAUCCUAAUUUGAAAAAUAAAAAUGGAGGGAAUGCUUUCAUGUUGGCUUGUCACAAGGGUCACACUCAAAUAGUUGAAUUGUUGCUGAAGGAACAACAAAAAGAUAGAGUAAAUGCUUUUAUGCUAGCUUGUCACAAUGGUCAGAAACAUAUAGUUGAGCUUUUGCUGAAGGAACGAUUUGAUCCUAAUGUCCAAGCCGAAAAUGGCUGGAAUGCUUUUAUGGUGGCUUGUCAAAAUGGCCACACACAAAUAGUUGAACUACUGCUGAAGGAACAAGUUGAUCCUCAAGUUCAAAAUAUAGAUGGAGUAAAUGCUUUUAUGUUGGCUUGUCAAAAUGGUCACACUCAAAUAGUUGAACUGUUGCUAAAGGAACAAGUUGAUCCUCAAGUCCAAAGGAAUGAUGGAGUAAAUGCUUUUAUGUUGGCUUGUCAAGAUGGUCACACUCAAAUAGUUGAACUACUGCUGAAAGAACAAGUUGAUCCUCAAGCCCAAAGAAAUGAUGGAGUAAAUGCUUUUAUGGUGGCUUGUCAAAAUGGUGACACUCAAAUAGUUAAACUGUUGCUGAAGGAAAAAGUUGAUCCUAAUGUUCAAGAUAAGGAUGGUUAUACUUCUCUAAUGCUCUGUGUCACAAAAGCUUAUAAUUUAGAAAUAGUUAAGCUAUUGUUCAAAGCUGGUGCUGAUCCUAAUCAUAGGUGCACUAUGACAGGUAAAACUGCUUUAUCAAUUGCUGUGUCAUCGGCACAUUGUGAAAUAGUUGAUGAACUAUUAAAAGCUGGUGCCAAUACUAAUAUUAGCCUUAUUAAUCCUAGCAAUAAUGCAACUAUCAACUGCACAAUAACUCAGUAUUGUAUAUUGGUACUUCUAAUAAAAAGCAUUCCUGAUGUCAAAAUGAAUCAAAACUUAGCACCAACAAAAGAAGAUGAAGCAGAAAACAUAAAAACACUCAAGCUUUUACUAGAAGCUACACCACAACCUGAAGAUGAUCCUUAUAGCUUACUAGCAGCAACUGCAGUAGGUUGUACAUCAGCAGUUGAUUUAUUGCUAAAAGCUGGGUAUAAUCAAUUAGCUCUUAACUCCUCAAGCAAGCUUUACCAUUUACUUGAUAGUACUAGAUCUACUGUUGACUGUAAUGCAUUGACACUUGCGUGCCAUAAAGGAUACAUUGAAAUAGUUAAACUAAUGCUACUCCAAGGAUCUAGUAAUAUUAAUGCUACACAAGACAAUAUCCAUACACCUCUAAUGGCAGUAUGUACUGCCAAAAAUGAUAACAUAGAAGUAGUUAAAUUGCUAUUAGAAGCUGGUGCUGAUCCUAACGUUAAAUUUAUAGCACAGGACAAAUCAUUUUGUAAUGACACAGCGCUGAUAAUGGCUACAGAUUGCAAUAACAAGAGACAAGUUCAGUUAUUGCUAGAAAGGGGAGCAGAUCCAAAUAUACAAUCAGAAUCAGGCAGGCCAAUUUUAAAUGGAAAGACUGCAUUAAUGGUUGCCAGUUUUAAAGGCCAUUUAGAAAUAGUUCGAUUAUUAUUAAAAGUUGGUGCUGAUCCUAAUAUUAAAUGUGAAAAUGGAGGUACAGCCUUAACGCUUGCAGUGUGUUCAGGACAUAAAAUAAUUGUAAAUGAAUUACUGAAAGCUGGCGCUAAUGCAACUACUGGUGUUAUUGACACUGCAGAAUUUGGAAAUCAAGUUGAAACAUCGAUAAUUCAAUUGUGCAUAAGUCAUUUACUAAAGGAAAGUGAUUUUAGGAAAUAUAUAGAAUCACAGCCAACUUUGGUAGACAGAUACAAAAUAGAAAAUGUUGAGCAAUUUCUUGAAAAAGCAGUUUCAAAAACUAGGGUUGAUGAUGUAAUUGAAAUACUUCGCUUGCUACUAGAGGCUACACCACAGCCUAUGGAUGAUCCUGUUAGUCUUAUAUUUGCAUCUACUAUUGGUAAUGUACAAGUAGUAGAUAUGUUGCUUAAAGCUGGUUGUAAUCCUUUAUCAAGCAAAUACUUUGAAGCUGCUUUACUGGUGUCACCGUGGCAAACAUCACAAUUUGAAAUGAUAAGGACUGUCUCUUGUCCAUCAUUAAUUUUUGCUUGCAUUAAUGGGCAUUUAGAGGUAGUUAAAUUACUGUUAAAAGAGAUUCGUAAUUUUAACCAUCAACAAGAAACUGGAGAAACUAUCUUAAUGAUAGCAUGUGAAUGCGGUCACAAGGACAUUAUACUAACAUUGCUGGAGAAUGGGGCAGAUCCUAAUAUUUGUGAUAAUGAUGGCAACAAUGCAUUACACUAUGCAUUACUUACUAGCAGCAGUGAGGAUAAUACAAUAGACAUCAUACAAACAUUGCUGUCAUGGCAUGUAAAUGUUAAUGCCCAGAAUAAGAAAAAAGUUACGCCACUAAUGAUUGCCAGUGAUAAAGGAUACACUGAAGUUUUAUUAUUGUUAUUAGAGGAAGCUGAUCCUAAUAUCACUGACAGUAAAGGUGACACUGCAUUGAUACGUGCUAGUGCAAAUGGGAAGACUGAAGCAGUUGCACUUUUACUAAUGACAUAUAAUGCCAACCCAUCAGUUAUUAAUUAUUAUGGUGUGACUGCCCUCUGUCAUGCUGCAAAUAAUGGGCACAUUGAAGUAAUUACUGUCCUUUUAAGUAUUUAUAAUCCUAAUCAAGCAGAAAUUGAGAAGGCAGUAACUGCAGCUUGUUAUGGAGGGCAUAAAAAAUUGAUCAAGUUGUUAGUAGAUAAAAGUAAUCUAACAAAAUAUCAACAAGACAUAUUUACUGCUUGCAUGUCUGACAAUGUGGAAUAUAUAAUCAAUCAAAUAUCAAGUGACCUCAGUAGGCCAUUGAUAAAAUCCACCAAUUUAACUCCUCUCAUGAUAGCUUCUUCCUGUGGCAGUGACGAAGUAGUACAAACAUUACUACUAUUUGAUUCUGAUGUUAACAAACAAGAUAACUAUUUGAAACUCUCUCCUCUUUCAUAUGCAAUAUCAGGUAGCAAGUCAAUUUCAGUUGUUCGGUACCUACUAAAUAAUAAUGCUGAUGUCAAUGUUAUUAGUAAAGUGCAGAUGACACCAUUAGAUAUUGCUAGAGUCAAUAAGCUAAAUGAUAUAGCUCAACUAUUGGAAAAUAAUGGUGGGAAGACAUUUUCUUCACUCAUGAAAAUCAAAGUUGAAGAAAUAAAAGAACAAUUAAGAACAAAGCAAAAGGUUGAACAUCUACAAGCAGAAUUGUUUAGACAAAAUUUAACUUAUCAUAUGCAGGCAGAUUCUGCUGUUGCUAGUAAAAUGGAAUAUUUCCAGGAACCAUCAUUUACCAGUAUACCAAUCCCACCUACUGACAGUAAAAAGGUAUCCUUCCAUGGGCCAUCAAUUAGUUUGCAAAUCCCCAUACUUGCACAUUAACUAUACACCAUGCACAUACACAUCUUACCUACCCCAUCUCACUUUUUCUCCCUAACAUCACUCUCCCCUUCCUCUCCCUUUCCAUGAACAUUGCUACAUGUAGUCUAUAAGAGCUGAUAUUUUGCUGACAUAAUAAAAAAGUAACAAUAUUUAGUCAUAGUUUUUAAAUAACAUUAUUAUUUUUAGUUGCUGUUUUUGUUUAUCAUAAAAUUUUAAUAA